GAGAGAGAGAGGGAGCAGUGAGGGACAAUACGAAGCAGUUAAAGGAAGGAACCCCUUUUAUUUCUCAUUUCCACAUCUAUUUUUUCUAUUUUGGAAUAACAGCUGCACGAUCCAACCAGAGUGCGUUGAUUGUAAUGGUCAAACAAGGCGGGGCUGACCCUCCUGUCUCAUUUAGGACGCACCACAAGUAGGAUAACGCAGACACUCCAGAGUGCUGCUGCCGCCGCCGCUGCUGCUGCUGUUGUUGUUUUAUAACAUUAGAAAUUCAGGCAUGAAUUCCGCCGAACAGACGGUAACGUGGCUCAUAACGCUGGGAGUCCUGGAGUCUCCCAAGAAAAGCAUCUCGGACCCAGAGGCUUUCCUCCAGGCGUCCCUGCAGGAUGGCGCGGUGCUGUGCAGGCUGCUGGAGCGACUCAGACCCGGGACAGUGGACAAAUUUUUCCAGGAACCGAGGAGCGACAGCGAGUAUCAGAGGAACAUUGCUGAGUUUGUUAAAGGCUGCGGGGCUUUCGGUGUGGAGGCUUUUGAGGUCAAUGACCUCCUGCAGGGACUGAACUUCUCCAAGGUGCUAAACUCCUUGGUUGCCCUCAGCAAAGCUACUGAAGAUUUAGGUGUUUCUGGAGACAGUGUGUGUGUGCCGCACUCCGCAACACUGAGGAUCAAGUCAUUUGAUUCUCUGAACACUCAGAGUCGCUCCUCUAAACUGCUGCAGCCUCAGUACCGCAGCCUGGACAUGUCGGAGGGAAGCGGGUGUGGCCAUAUGCUGGUCAAGGCGCGCUUUGCCUUUGAGCAGACCAAUGAGGAUGAACUCUCUUUCUCCAAGGGUGACAUCAUCAGUGUGAGCAGGCAGGAGGAGGGGGGCUGGUGGGAAGGCUCGAUCAACGGCAAGACUGGGUGGUUCCCCAGCAACUAUGUACGGGAGCUGAAAGGAAGCGAUAAGACAUCAGACAAGCCAAAGUCUGGGACUUUAAAAAGUCCACCCAAAGGUUUUGAUACUACUAUCAUCAGUAAGACCUACUACAAUGUGGUCCUACAGAACAUCCUGGAAGCAGAGAACGAAUAUUCAAGGGAGCUACAGAGUCUCCUGGGCUCAUACCUGCGCUCACUUCACCCCACAGACAGACUCAGCGUUGUGGACAUCGGUCACAUUCAAGGAAAUCUGGAGGAGAUCUCAACCUUCCAGCAGAUUUUGGUCCAGUCCUUAGAGGAGCACACUAAACUCCCAGAGAACCAGCAGAGGAUCGGGGGGUUCUUCUUGAGUCUCAUGCCCCAAAUAAAAAUCAUCUAUGUGGCCUACUGCUCCAACCACCCGUCUGCUGUCAAUGUACUCACACAACACAGUGAGGAGCUGGGGGAGUACAUGGAGUCAAAGGGGGCAUCCACUCCAGGGAUCCUGACUCUGACCACUAGUCUGAGUAAACCCUUCACCAGACUGGAGAGAUACCCAACACUGCUAAAAGAACUGGACAGACACAUGGAGGACCAACACCCUGACAGAGCUGAUCUCCACGCUUCCAUGACGGCCUUCAAAACCCUUGCAACCCAGUGUCAGGAGGUGAGGAAGAAGAAGGACCUGGAGUUGCAGAUUUUAACAGAGCCAAUCAGAAACUGGGAGGGAGAUGACAUCAGAACCCUCGGCCCUGUGCUGCACAUGUCCCAGGCCACAGUCCACACACAGAACUGUCAGGAGUCAAAUGAACGCUACCUCGUCCUCUUCCCUCAUACACUGCUCAUGCUGUCUGCCAGCCUGAGAAUGAGUGGAUUCAUCUAUCAAGGGAGGAUGCCAUUAUCAGGAAUGCUCAUCUCCAGAAUAGAGGACGGAGAAAACCUGAGGAAUGCUUUUGAAAUAUCCGGUGGCCAGUGUGAGCGGAUGCAGGUGGCGUGUAACAGUCAGCACGAGCUACAGGACUGGCUAGACCUUCUCACCAAACACACGCACACUCCGCCCGCACACACACACUCACACAAGCAUCAGUCCGUCUGUCACACACUGCCCUCUCACCCAGUCACUCCUGCCAGACACUCCGAGUCACGUGGAGUCAGCAGCGGACACACCUACCACACCCUUCCCCAUCCCUCCUCAUAUGGGACGGCACACAAUAGCAGCCCAAUGUGGGGGCCCCUGGAGCCACCGAGUACCCCCAAACCCUGGAGCCUGAGCUGCCUUCGCCCUGCGCCUCCACUCCGGCCCUCCGCGGCUCUCUGCUACAAGGAGGAUAUGAGUAAAAGUCCUAAGAACAUGAAGAAGCUGCUCCCUAAGAGGAAGCCAGAGAGGAAACCUUCAGAGGAGGACUUCACUGCCAGAAAGAGUACAGCAGCUCUGGAGGAGGAUGCUCAGAUACUGAAAGUGAUUGAGGCUUACUGUACCAGCGCCAAGACACGACAGACUCUCAACUCCACCUGGCAAGGGACUGACCUCAUGCACAACCAUGUGCUUGCUGACACCAGCCUCACCAUCGCUGGUGUCCCCGGCAACCUGCCAUGUUCUGACCAAUCAGAGGACUCGGAUUAUGACAGUAUCUGGACCGCCCAUAGUUACAGGACUGCCUCGUUUUCUCGCUCCAGCAGGAAAGAUGUUCACAUGUUGUUCCCAGAAGAGGAGAAAAUUAUCGUGGAGGAAACCAGGAGCAACGGACAGACUGUGGUGGAGGAGAGGAGUCUGGUGGACACUGUGUACAGUCUCAAGGACGAGGUCCAGGAGCUCAAACAGGACAAUAAGAGGAUGAAGAGGACGCUGGAGGAGGAGCAGCGAGCGAGGAAAGAGCUGGAGAGGAUCAUCAGGAGAGUUCUGAAGAACAUGAACGACCCAACCUGGGAUGAGACUAACCUCUGAGAUCGAUAUGUGUCUAAACAUCAUGGACAAGACUGGUUUUUGACUUUUAAAUGACCAAAUGACCUUUGACAUUUGUUUAAUGGACAGAAGCUGCCAACACUUCAUCAUGCUUCAACUUAACCUCACCAUUUCCACUUGCUUUGACUUUCACAGUUACCUGUGUACCAAACUCUGGACCAAGAGAAAAUGCCUGCUGGCCAUCAGCAAAGCCAUCCAUCAGACUGUAAAGCUGUGAAGCCAUAUUAGCUGGUAGGCAUAAUGACAUCACUUCCUGUCAUGCUCCUUUACUUUUUCUAACAGCCUUUGGAGCAUUGACAAAAGAAUCACUUUUUCUCAUUUACUUGUGUAUUUAUCUUUCAUUCCUUGUGCUUAUUUGCAUUAAGUAUAAAAUUCCGCUAUUGCCAGGACAGUAUGUUAUUGACUGGCCUUUUGUGGUUUAUAUAUUUCAGAGAGAUAUCAGAUCAGUAUGUGAAUAAAAUCCCUCAUUGAAACUUGAAAUAGACAGUUUUUUCCACACUCCGCAGCAAUUUUGUCUCAAUUUCAAAUGUUAAACAAACAUAUUAUUAUUAUAGAAUUAUAAUUUAUGAUAGAUGAUAAACAGACUCUAAUAAACUAUAAAGUUGGUUUAUUUGUUAUAUCAAAUACAUUUUGAACUGAACCUAAAUUUUACCAGCACUUAUAAGUGACAGGAUGAGAUGAAAGUUCUGUGUAAUGUGAAAGAAUUGAUUGAACUGUAGAUGAUAUUAUGUGAGCUUAUCAAAUCAAAAUGAAGCUGGAGGGAAAUUUUCUCAGGAAUCAACCAUCAGGGAGUUUCAGCUUUCAGCUUCGGCUCAACAUUCAUUUCAAAUUUCAAGUUCGAAGCAAUAUUUAAAGGUGGACCACAUGUUUGAGCCAAACAAGCUCGAAGAAAUGAAAAGGUGGUUUGUGCUGAACAUAACUGAGACAGGCUUAUGAAUACGCCAAAAGUUUCAGCAACCUUAUGAAUGACAAAACAAGCUCUCUAUUUCACUGUGUCAAUUUGAGGCAGAGAGAGAGAGGAAGUUUACUAGGCCAACAAACUGUUUAAUGUUAUACAUCCACCCAAAGCUGCAGUUAGAUUUACGCAAGUAACAAAUGCAGCAUCGCUGCCAGUUCAUAGUUAUUUAGUAAAAACUAUGCAGAAUCUUGUUUACCAGCAGUAUGUUUUAUAUUCUUCCCAAAUGUCCUUUUUUUUAACUCUUGGAUAAGAGUUUUGAAGUGUUUUGGAAUUUUUAUGUUGAGAAAUCAGCAGCCAAAUGUGCAAGUAUCACCUCUGAAAGUCCUUGCCCUGUUCAACACUUCACAAAAUUUGAGAAAUCACCUAAUUAGAUUAUGAGCUGUUGAUCACGCAUCAAAGCCGGUGGCCUGGAAAGUGCAGUGUUUAAUAUCUGGACCUUUUUCUUCCGUGUCAAAGCCUCUUGAAAUGUAGUGUCUGAACCAGGAAAUUUAAAUGAUAAAAUUUGAGUUAAGAAACGACAUGGGAGCUGAUGGCAAGACCACCAAUACCAUUACUGCCUUUUAAGUUACAAAUUCAGGAUUUUGAGUUUCCUGUACCUUUUUAAGAUUAAGUAAAUCUGUGUAAAUAUACUGUCACCACUUUUUGCUCCAGAUGUCAUUAUUAUGAUGAAAAAACAAGACCUGUUCAAAGUAUAAGCUGCGAUACAGUCAAAUACAUUAGAAACUCUUCAUAUAAUACAACUGCCCAGAAUGUAUGGAAAUGUUAAAUGAUGCUCACUUUAUAAAUCAGCAGUAACAUAAAGUAAACAAAAAAAAUGAAAUGUCAUCAGGUACAAUAUCAACACUAAACAACGUUUUGAGUUUAUAAUAAAUUUUUAUUAUAAUAUGCAUUGUUAUCAUACUGUUAGUAGCUGCAAGAUGUUCAGAGUCAGAGGCAAACAGAUUGGGUGAACACUUGAGUCAGAACAUUUCAACUGCAGUCAUUUGAUAAUGAGGCGUUGAAUUUCAUAGGAAGAGGCCACUAUGUCAGAGAAAUGAUCGACAGACACCAUCACAGUCUUUAGCUCACUGCUUUUCGCUUGAAGACCAAAGUCCAAGCAAUAUAAUACUGGAAAAUGUUAAUGUUUUUGUAUGAUUUUUACAAUGUCAAUAUGCAACUUACUUUAAAAUGAUUUCUUAUUUUUAUAUUUGUGAUUGUGCUUUUAUUCUUAACAGCUGGUUUUGAUUUGUAAGACUUUUUAUUUCCUACUUGACCUGGCUGAUAACACUGAAGAUGAUUUGUGCAGGAAAGCGGCAUGAUUCUCAUGAGCGUCAGUAGACGUGCCAUGGGGUGGAAUACAGUUAUUUUGCUAAAGCUUUUUUCUUAAAGACUCCACCUACAAAUUAACUUUAAAUUAACUUUACUGAAAUUAGAACUACACUAAUGUAAGCUAUGUAAUACAGUAUGUCAAUUAUUGACUCUAAAGUAUGUAUUUAACUGAAGUGACUGACGUAAAUUUAUUGUGUGUUCAAAUGACAGUGAUGAAGAUGAUAACAGUUGUUAAUAUGACAAGAAUCAUCCCCCUCUAUUUAUUUCAUCCAUUUGUUUGUCUGAAUAAAAUGUUGAAUCAAACUGUUGAA